GGCAAGUAGGGGGUGAGGCAGUUUUACCAUCCAAUGAUAUCACACCAGAAAUGAUGCUGCUCGCGCUUUCCGUAAAGAUAGACAAGAGGAAAGGACACGCGCGCACACAACAGAAUAGCUAGGUCAAGGUUUUGCAAAAAUAGACCCACGCAGAGCCCACGGGACGAGGAUCAGCAUACCUGCACUGUGUUAUCAGGAUCAACAACAUCAGUAGCAGUGGAAAUAACGCUACAGGAAGAGAACACAACAUGACAGCCUAGCAGCGGUGCGGUUAGACCAGUUCUGUCACUUUCCCUUUGACGUGUGCAUGUCUUUGCUAUCAGCCGUGCAUACUGUUUUACAACCGGAGGACUUCGUUUUUACGUGCAUGGAUCAGAUGGUCGGCCUUGCUUUUCCUGUUUUAUUUAGUCGGCUGAGCUGGUAGCCGGCUGCUUGCUUGUGUACGGCGGGGGAAAUAGCGUUGCACUCACCGGCAGACAGCUUGACUUAAACCGGGGAUGUGCGUGAACUCAAGACGCUGAUCGCCGAUGGCCGAUGAGUGCCGAUCCGAGCUGAAAUUCACGCGGCUGAGGUUUAAGAAAUGAGCUCGGCCUGUCCUCUCUGAUGCACUCGAUCUGAGGGCCGUCCUGGUGGAUUUGCCCCCCGUCCCAGCGGAGCUAGCAGCAGACCCGCUCCACGGCCAACAUGCUGAUCAAGGAGUAUCGCAUCCCCAUGCCCAUGAGCGUCGAGGAGUAUCGCAUCGCUCAGCUCUACAUGAUUCAGAAAAAGAGUCGUGAGGAGAGUGAAGGCGAGGGCAGCGGGGUGGAGAUACUCGAAAAUCGACCAUAUAUAGACGGGCCAGGCGGUUCGGGUCAAUACACCCAUAAGGUCUACCACAUUGGCCAGCACAUUCCUAGCUGGUUCCGGUCCAUCUUGCCAAAAGCUGCUCUUCGUGUGGAGGAGGAGUCCUGGAAUGCCUACCCAUACACCCGCACGCGCUACACGUGUCCUUUUGUCGAAAAGUUUUCCAUCGAUAUCGAGACAUUCUACAGACCGGACACGGGAACCCAGAAUGACGUCUUCAGCAUGUCGUCUGCCGAGAAGAGACAACGGGACAUAGAUCCCAUAGACAUCGUGAAAGAUUUCAUCGCUCCACACGAGUACCUGGCAGAGGAAGACCCUAAACUCUACAAGUCGGUGAAAACCCAGCGGGGUCCCCUGAGUGACGACUGGAUCGACGAAAUCAACACCAACCCAGGCAACAUGCCCGUCAUGUGUGCGUAUAAGCUGUGCAAAGUGGAGUUUCGUUACUGGGGGAUGCAAUCAAAGAUCGAACGCUUUAUUCAUGAUGUGGGUCUGAGGAAAGUGAUGGUUCGGGCUCAUCGGCAGGCCUGGUGCUGGCAGGACGAGUGGUACGGUCUGACAAUGGAGGACGUCCGGAAACUGGAGCAGGAGACUCAGCUGGCCCUGGCACAGAAGAUGGCCCAAUACAGCUGCAACGAAGAGGGCGGCGAGAACAACGGCACGGUCACCAACCAGGACAAAGCACUUGAAGGCAAAGAGGCCAUCAGCUCCAUCGAAGCGGACAGCACGGCGAGAUGUUUGGGAGAUACUCUUCAGGCGAGAGGAGAGCUCACCAAACAAUGGUCCACCUCCUCAAAGUCCUCAAGGUCCUCUAAGAGGGGUGGAAGUCCUUCACGACACAGUAUUUCAGAAUGGCGCAUGCAGAGCAUCGCCAGAGACUCAGAGGACAGCACAGAUGAUGAGUUUUUCGACGCUCAUGAGGACUUUUCUGACAACGAGGAGAUCUUUGGCAAGGAGAUUACAAAGUGGAGCUCCAAUGACCUGAUGGAUAAAAUCGAGGCGGCAGAGGAAUCCCAGGGUGAUUUUUACCAAGAAUCCGGUGGAGAGUUUUCUGGAACCGCCAUGGUGGAGCAACUCAACGAGGACGGCUCGCAGCAGGAAUUACAACCGUCCAAGAUCCACGUCCUCAUCCUGGUCUUGCACGGAGGAAACAUACUGGAUACAGGAAGCGGAGACCAGAAUAGCAAACAGUGUGACGUCAACACCAUCGGCAGCGCGUUUGACGCCGUCAUGCGAGUUCAUUAUCCGUCUGCUUUGGGUCGGAUUGCCAUACGCCUGGUGCCGUGCCCGGCCGUGUGUGCCGAAGCUUUUUCUCUGGUGUCAAAUUUAAGUCCGUACAGCUAUGACGAAGGCUGCUUGUCCAACAGUCAGGAUCACAUCCCUCUGGCCGCUCUUCCUCUAUUGGCCACCUCUGCACCACACUACCAGGACGCCGUGGCAACGGUCAUAGUGCGAGCCAAUCAGGUCUACGGUGACUUCAUCAAAUCCCUGGAGGGGGCGACUUUCACCGGCCAAGUGUGUCUGAUCGGCGACUGCGUCGGAGGAAUUCUGGGAUUUGACGCUCUCUGCAGUAGUAACAUUACAGUGUGUGAAAGUCAAAACAGCAGCCGCAGAGGCAGUAUUGUCAGCGUGCAGGACAACGAUCUUUUAUCUCCUGGUAUCGUCAUUAACAGUACACACUGCUCGGGUUCAGGCUCGGGUUUGUCUUUGGAGGGCAGCCGGCACCUCAGUCGCAGUAACAUAGACAUCCCCCGCUCCAGCGGUCCGGAUGAUCCCAAAAAACAGCUGCCACGGAAACGCAGCGACUCCUCAACCUAUGAGCUGGACACCAUUAAACAACACCAAGCCUUUCUGUCCAGUUUGCACUCCAGCGUCUUGCGAAACGAUCCUGGUUCGCGCCGGUCCAGCAGCAGUACGAUGCUGGAGGGAGGCGGAGCUCUGGGAAAAUUCGACUUCGAAGUGUCCGAUUUCUUUCUUUUCGGUUCACCGCUGGGUUUGGUUCUUGCACUGAGAAAGACCGUCGUUCCCUCUCUGGAUGUGGCUCAUCUCCGUCCAGCGUGCCAGCAGGUUUAUAAUCUGUUUCACCCUGCGGAUCCCUCGGCCUCGCGUCUGGAGCCUCUGCUGGAGAAACGUUUCCACCUGUUGCCUCCGCUCAGCGUACCGCGGUACCAGCGUUUCCCAUUGGGUGACGGCCAGUCGGCCCUGCUGGUGGAAACCAUCCAGAGUAAUCCUCACCUGCUGUUGGAGAGCAACGUCUUUGCUCCGCGCUUUCAGGAUGGCAUCAGCGAGACCUCCAUCGCUGUCCCUGUCCUCAACUGGUCGGCCCCAGCCGAGUCGGACGCCAUGCAGUCUCACAGCAUCAUGUUUUCAGACCACUCCAAUCCUUCGUCUCCGGCGUCGGCUCCGGCGUUCCGCGGGACCCGGAGAGCCAGCGAGACCAGCAUCGCCAGCCAGGUGUCCGGAUUGGCAGACAGUUACACGGCAUCCAACAUCGCCAAUAGUUCCCGAAGCCCCUCCCCUAAAUCCCGCAAAGCACAUGAUAGGCAGAUAGAGUGUCAGGAUCCCAGCUGUUUGGAUGAUACAGAGCAGAACAUCGCUCUAAGCUUUGAGCCUUCACCCUUGUCUGACUCUGACCCUCCGUCUCCAUGUAUCCCACCGGACAUCGAGCAAGUCGCAGCACGUUGGUGGGGCACGAAACGAAUAGAUUUUGCCCUCUAUUGCCCUGAUGCCCUAACUGCCUUCCCUACCGUGGCUCUACCUCAUCUCUUCCACGCCUCCUAUUGGGAAUCAACCGAUGUUGUGUCUUUCCUGCUCAGACAGGUCAUGAGACACGAGAACUCAAGUAUCUUGGAACUCGAUGGGAAGGAAGUAUCCGAAUUCACUCCGUCCAAACCACGGGAGAAAUGGACGAGAAAAAGAACCCACGUGAAGAUCAGGAAUGUUACAGCGAACCAUCGCGUGAAUGAUGCCGUGUUUGCGGAUGACGGACCUCAGGUGGUCACGGGGCGUUUUAUGUACGGCCCACUGGAUAUGGUCACGCUAACCGGAGAGAAGGUUGACAUUCACAUCAUGACCCAACCUCCAUCCGGUGAGUGGGUGUUCUUUGACACCGAAGUGACCAAUAGCAGCGGCCGAAUCUCCUAUGUGAUUCCCGAUAAUAAGAAACUGGGAAUUGGAGUCUAUCCGGUCAAAAUGGUGGUCAGGGGUGACCACACAUCUGCCGACAGCUACUUGACCGUUCUGCCGCGCGGCACCGAAUUUGUCGUUUUCAGUAUCGACGGCUCUUUCGCCGCCAGCGUUUCCAUCAUGGGCAGCGACCCUAAGGUCCGGGCGGGGGCCGUUGAUGUGGUCAGACACUGGCAGGAUCUGGGCUACCUGAUCGUGUACGUGACGGGUCGACCGGACAUGCAGAAGCAGCGCGUGGUGGCUUGGCUUUCCCAACACAACUUCCCUCACGGAAUCGUGUCGUUUUGCGACGGCCUGGUGCAUGACCCACUUCGACACAAAGCCAACUUUUUGAAGGUCCUUAUUACUGAGGCGCAUAUGAAGAUCUUUGCGGCCUAUGGCUCCACCAAGGACAUCUCCGUGUACACUUCACUGGGUCUUCCUCCAUCACAGAUCUACAUUGUGGGGAGACCAACAAAGAAAAUGCAAAAUCAGUGCCAGUUCAUCACAGAUGGCUACGCGUCUCACCUGUCCCAGCUGGAGUACAAUCAGAGGUCGAGACCCGCCAAGACCGGCAGCACUCGUAUGGUCCUACGGAAAGGCAGCUUCGGUUUGGGCGGCAGCAGCGAUUUCCUGCGUAAGCGCAAUCACCUGCUACGCACCAUCUCCUCUCAACCCACCUCCUCCACGCCGGUUGUGCAGGUGGGCCGUCCCGAACGCGCCCAGAGCCAAUCGGAUUGUGACCGAGACCGGGCGGAACGCGCCCAGAGGAGCAUGAGCAUCGCGGCCGGCUGCUGGGGCCGAACCAACAAACUGGAGGGCGGAGCUCUGAGCCCAAAAUAGGUCUACAAUCUGGGGAGGUUCUACGUAAGGCACAAAGACUGAAGCACGGCCCGCAAGAUUAGGAGAUGGACCCUACGACAUCUGGCAGUAUUACGACGAACUCUAAGCAAACCUCGCUGCUUUAUUAUUGUUGCAUGAGAGCCAUUUAAGAAAAUGAAGUUCAGUUUUUAUUUUUGUGUCCAGCAGCCAACAACAGUUAGCGCCUUAAGCCUCGCUCUGGGUCCCGGCCUUCACCCCUGACUCGAUUGAAUGUACUGCUCGGACAGAAAUGCGGAUCGUUGGGUGGGUAUGGACUCCUCCCCCUCUCUGUCAUCCAGGAACUUUACCAAAUUCUCCCCCGGUGUCCACAAGUGUAAAUAUGUGCCUCCUCUUACCUGCUCAGGGCAGCCAUGACCUUGAGGAGUUGGUCAUUUCACAUCCCCGUCGUUCUCCCGAAUCCCAGCAGCUUUCGGCAAUAAGGUGCCAACCCUAUCACAUGCAGGUCAUCGGAGGCCUUACGUUAUUUAGAGCACGAACGGAGAAAGCGAAAACUCGCAGGAGCAACUAUCCCUUUACCAGGCCAUCCGCGCGCAAUACCUCCGAGAUGCCAGUAGAGGGCCGUUUUGCUUUUGAUGCUCUCGGCAGUGGCUGCUGGGUUACCGUGUCUUUUUUCUUUCUCGAUAGCUGUUUUAUUUGAACUUCUGAGCCACCAAAUACCGAAUCGUAAGCACACGUGCAAUUUCAUGCCACAACGUUUCCACUGCUUCGUCGUUCCUGGAGAAAUUCUCGCAAUUCAACCUGAGGACGGGCCGUGGAGCCCGCCACAAAUUUUUCACCAAACUGGGCAAGAUUAGUUUGGAAGGAUGGAGACCGUUUUUUAGCAUUCUCAACCGUUUCUUUUCUGGGUGAGCGAUACCGAUACCGUCGACGGCCAAAACGAAUUCGUCCUAAAGCUGUAGUCCUGCAACUGCCUAACCUCAUUGUUAUUUUGCACUCGUGGAAUAGUGGACGUCUUUUCCUCCAUCUCGUGUUCCUACAUGAUGUUUUUGUGUAGUACAUGAACCCUCAUCAUUUGUGCAAACGCACGAUCAUAUAGGCAUUAACAAAAAACGCAAGAAAUGUGCCAAAACCAGGCAGAACGUUGGAACCCGGCCGCGGUUUUCCAUGUGUUGUAGCAACGUUUCCCGAGCUUUGGAGAGGACUGUGUACAUAUGCUGUAUUUCGAUGGCACAUGUAUAAUGUUUUUAAGAUUUUAGAUCAUUUUAGAUCAACUUAAGUUCUUUAAAGUUCAGUAAUCUAUGAUAUUGUCCAUAUGUUCAUAUGUAAGUGAUUUGAGGUAUAUAGAAAUUGUGCUCUUUGACGAUUUUAGAUCGGACGGCAUGACAAAGUCGCUUCAGUCGGGUGGAGUCGUGAAUCGGUUUGUUUGUUUAUAUUUCCUGUCGCGCUAUAGCUGGAAUAGCCAUGCUGCAUGUGCAGACGCUGCGAUUUCUAAUCCAGCUGUACAUUCGAUUGUAUCGAACCGGGAGGUUUCGAAACCUGGGAAGGUUUUUGAACCCAGCUUGACUUAAAACCGUGUAGAUACUGUAAAAGAUGUAAAUUUCACUACAUAGGAUACUGUAUGUUACGGUCAGAAUUUAUUUAUUUCUGUAGCUUCAUACGAUUCUAGAUAUAUUUCAGGUUUGACUGUAUUUCUUGUGUUGCUUUAUUUUUCUUCAACAAUUCUGAAAUGCUUAUUUUAAGGACCAAUGCCGUGCGUCCUUGUGCAUAAUCGUUGACAGUGUUUCUGUAGCAAAAUCCUAUCGAGAACGCCACCGUACCGCACGGACAAUCAGAUCUGUUCAGCACACAAACACGAUAUACAGCGAAGAAACGGACACGGAGCGCACACAAGUAUACGUCCGCAAACAAUUGCUCGAUUUCUUACUGUACAGAUGUUCUGGAGAGCUUAUACUCUGGACACAACGGGGUCAUCAUUUCCACUUAAUGUGAAUGAGUUUAUAAAUUUGGUUAAAUUAAUCAAUUAGGGAUGCAUAACGAUUAAUCACGAUUAAUCGUUUACAGAAUAAAAGGUUUUGCUUACAUUUUAUAUAUAUAUAUGUGUGUUUGUACUGUGUAUAAUAAUUAUGUAGGUAUAAAUACACACGCAUACUUGUAUAAUUUUAAGAAAGAAUAUAUUUAUUUAUAAUUUAAGUAAUUAUAUUUAUAUAUGAUAUAAAUUAUAUAUAAAUAUAAAAAUGUAUAUACACAUGUAAAUAUUUCUUAAAUAUAUACUUGCAUGCAUGUCUAUUUAUAUAUGCAUAAUUAUAAUACACAGUACACACACACACACACACAUAUAUAUAUAAAAUGUACUCAAAAACUUUUAUUCUGCAAACAAUUAGUCGCGAUUAAUCGUUACGCAGCCUUAAAAUUUACUCCAAACUGCUGAGUUUUAAUCGGUGCUCUACGACUCCUGUCCUGGCCAUAUGAAAAGAAAAAGUUUUGUUUUUACGAACUUACAAUCGGGCUGGUGCAACUAGUCUUUGUAAGUAAUGGUAAUAUGUUUUAGUGCGUCUAGUCAGUGCUGGACAUCAGGAAAGAUUAAGGCGAGACAAAUCAGUAUCUUCGAUUAAGGUUUAUGAUAAGACAAACUUUUUUUGUUUCUUAGAAUAAAGAUUUAAAUGUUAACUAUUUUAAAUAAAUUCCCAGUUCGUAAAUCGCAACGUUAUGUUGUAUUCCAAAUAUCAUGACUGACCUACGGGCUGUUUUAUUUAUCAGUUUUUUUUUUUUGUUUUUUUUACCAAUGCUGGUCAAGUUCAUCAACCACUAUGAAUUUUAUUUGAAUCUUGAUUUUAUUUGAUGAUGGAUGGUUUGUCCCACAAUUCUGCACAUGCAAAUAUUCAUUGUGGCCUCAGUUGUGGGCUGAUGUAUGAGUAUUAUAACCUCAGAUAAACCAGAUUAUAGCCACUUUUGUACUUUGCAUGUCACAGAGUAUCUUUCCUACACUUUACUGUAUUAUUCAGCAACGGGCCACUAUACAGUACAUACCUCCGAUUUAUAGCUGCAAAUACGCUCAUACAUAACAUCAUAUCAAGUUACUACCAAAUAUUUAUCUUUAAAAGUGAUAAACUUGGAAAUCCCAAAUAAUAUUUUGAAAUACGAGCAUCUGAUGCCGAGAUAUUUAGAAAUACUCUUUAGAAUUAAAUCUACAAAAAUGUUCACCAAUACUGUAAGUAGACACAGCAUUUACAGGUGUUUCAAAGACAACACAUUUAGACUGGAUGAUAUUUAUGAUAGUUGUAAUAUUCAAUUUCCUUAAUUUGUUGCCAAAACUUUCAGAUUAUUGUGUAAAAUGUAUAAAAGUGUAACAAACACAUUCCUGACACCUUUGACUCAUGUUGAUAUAUGCAUACAUAAUCCUCUUGUUUCAGUGCUGAUCUGAACUCACUCCUUUACAGUUUUCUUACCCGGCCGGUGGUUCAGUGCUCUCAUAUGUAUAGCUGUAUGUAAUGUGGAUUAAAUGCAGUUAGACAACUG